AUGUCGGUCGCCAUGUUUUACACCGAGCAUCGUUUCUAUGGCAAAUCUAUGCCCACAACUGACUUCACCUCCGAGAGUCUUCGUUUGUUACACAGUAGCCAAGCACAAGAAGACCUCAAAGGGUUUAUCAUGAUGUUAAAAGAGUUUGAUCGCUAUAAGAAUAGUAAGGUUAUGUUGUUUGGUUGUUCAUACGCCGGUGGGUUAGUCGCAUGGAUGAAACAAAAGUAUCCCGAGUUGAUUCAAGUCACUUAUUCUACCAGUGGACCAUUCUAUGCUAAAGACAGUAUGUUUGAAUACCUUCAGGUGAUUUCACGUGUGAUUUACAACCUUCCAAACAUCGGAAAACAAUGUUUCGAUGGUUUAUUUUAUGGAAUUCAACAAUUGGAGCAGGAGUAUGACAGUGGGCCAGAGGGCGCUGCGUCUGUCAUCAAAAAAUUAGGGAUCUGCCCACCUUAUGACCCUAAAGGAGAUUAUGACAAAGCAGCAGUUUUUCAAACAUUCGGUGUAGAAUUCGGUAAAAUGGGCCUGGAAGAUCCCGAAAAACUCUCUAACGCAUGCAAUAGGUUAAUAAACGCUACAGGUGAAACCUACGCUGAGAAAUUUGUGAAUUACCGUACAAAUGGUACAACACCCAUUUUUUGCUACCACACUGUUGAUUAUGAUUCAACUGCUGCGCGUUGUGCGGAUACUUCAUUGAAUGGUAAAGAACGUCCAUGGUUUUACCAACAGUGUAAUGAAUUCGGAUGGUUCGUAACCACCGAAACCAAUACACAAGUAUUUGGUAAAAGUGUUCUUCCCUUUUUCUAUCACCAAUUGUGUAGAGAUGCUUAUGGAGCGACGUUCACCGAUGAGAAUAUUUUAUUAGCACAGGAGAAUACUAAUAAGGUUUAUGGUGGUUAUACUCCAAAUGUAAGAAAAUCUGUGUUUGUUUAUGGUUCCAGUGAUCCAUGGGCCCCUAUGGGUGUCCAGGAGUCUUUGAAUGAUGAAGCGUUAACGUUUUACAUUCAAGGUGGGGGCCAUUGUUCGGAUAUGUUCCCCCAAAGUGACGAAGACAGUGAAUCAAUGACAUAUGCCAAGGUCAACUCACGUGCCUGGGUGAAAAAAUGGUUGUCAGAGGAUUAAUAUGUAUCUAUUUGAUUCAAAUAAAGUAAAAUAAUUAUUCCAA